UUUGUCAAUUAUAAGUUAAUUGUUUUUGGUCACACUUAUUCAUUUAACAUACAUACAAACUAAUAACUGUAAACUUAAAUGUAAAAGAAGACAAAGAAAAUAUAUGGGGAGAUAAGAUCUGAAGCUCAAGCCAAGCAGACGCACAUCUCAUCAUUUGGUGUAAUACACAACAUAAUUGGCGACGAGGAGUAAAAAGAAAUAAAAACAGUUGGCAUUUGUAUAUACAUUUGCGCACAAAAAUCCAAAUAUCAUCAUAUAUAUUGUAAUUACAAAUAUAUUAAAACAAAAAUGGCUAAAAGUGAAGCGGUAACACUGCCAACAUUUUACCAAAUGUCAAACGUAAGCGAAUUCUCGCCUAAUAGUGAAACAUUUUGCAUUUGGAAAGAAAAACUGAACAUACAUUUCUGUGAAAUGAAUAUCACAGAAGAGAGUGCAAAAAAGUCUACGUUACUGAGGUCGAUCGGAGCAGCACCUUACAGUGUACUACACAGUCUAUGCAGCCCAGAAUCGCCGGUGUCAAAAACAUACAAAGAACUUUGUAACAUUCUGGACACUCACUACACACCCCCCACAAUUGUUUUCCGUGAACGCAAGAAAUUUCAUCAUGCGAUCAAAGAAGAUGCUGAAACAGUGGCACAGUGGUAUGCACGUGUAAAACAAUUGGCGCUUAACUGUAAAUUUGGCGAACACUUGGAAGCGUUUGUUUUAAACCAAUUCGUUAUGAGCCUCUCACCGUUAAUAUUUGAGCGAAUAUGCGAAGAAGACGAGAAGUUAUCAUUGGCCGAUGCUCUAAAAAAGGCAAUGAUAAUCGAGACGAAAAUUGCAACAAAGAAGACGGACGACACAGUUGGAUACAUAAACGGCGCACACUAUUCUAAAAGCGGGAGGAAACAAGGAAAAGAGAAGUGGAGUAAUCACGCAAACAAUAACGGCAAAGGUUUCAAAGGUACUGGAAAAGGUUCGAGAAGUUCUGGCAGCGACGUUGACGUCAAUUACAACAAAAAGCAGCAGAAGUCUUGCGAACACUGUGGAUGGCGUAAUCAUAAAUCGAAUGACUGCAAGUAUAAAAACUGUACUUGUCAUGUAUGUGACAAAAUUGGACACAUAGCGUCAGUAUGUCGAUCGAAAAAUAAGACCCGUGGCUUCAGACUCCUCUUCUGGUGAGGUAUAUUUACUGCAGGUUAACAUUGAUGGUUGUUCCAUGAGCAUUGCUUGCGACACAGGAGCACCCUGUACUUUGGUACCAGCUUCAUUUUAUAACAAAUCUGCGAACAAAAAGCCUCUUAGAGAGUGCAGAACUCCAUAUGUAAGCUACAAUGGAGAUAAAAUUAAAAUUGUUGGUGAGUACGAUGCAACAAUAGAGUAUCGAGGCGUACAAAAAGAAAUAGUUGUUGUUGUCACAAAUACGAAAAGUCCACCGUUGCUUGGCAGAACAUUUUUAAGAUCUUUCAACUUUGAGCUAAGGCAAAUAAAUUCGGUUAAAGAGUCUGAAAUUCAUUCAAAUAUUAUUGAUAAAAUUAAAGUCGAAUUUGCAGAGGUUUUUAGUCCUAAAUUAGGAUGCUAUAAUGUGCAUAAAAUCACUUUGCAAGUUGAACCUGAUACAAAACCAAUAUUUUUCAAACCAAGACCUUUACCCUUAGCGUGGAAAGAUAAAGUUGAUAAACAGUUGCGUAAGUUAGUUAACGAAGGCGUAUUAGAGCAUGUAGAUAAUUCUGAUUGGGGAACACCAUUAGUCCCAAUAUUAAAACCAAAUGGUGACAUAAGAAUAUGUGGUGAUUACAAGGUUACAUUAAACAAACAUUUGGUUGAUGUAAAGUAUCCAUUGCCCAGAAUAGAUGACAUUUUUGCAGCCUUAACUGGAGGUAUAUUGUUUAGCAAGCUAGACUUGAGUAAUGCAUAUAAUCAAUUACAGCUAGAUGAAAGUUCACAAAGAAUGUGUACUUGGAGCACACACAUAGGUUUAUUAAAAGUCAAGAGACUACCUUUUGGUAUUAAGUCUGCAGCAGCAAUUUUUCAAAAAGCUAUGGAAAGCUUAUUUCAAGGCAUUCCGGGAGUCGUAGUAUAUCAAGACGAUAUAACUAUUACAGGACGCAAUUUUCAAGAACAUAUUACGAAUUUAAAAAUUGUCUUAAAUAAAUUAAAAUCUGUAGGUUUAAAAUUAAACACUCAUAAGUGUGAAUUUUUCAAAUCUAAAAUUUGUUACUUAGGCUUUAUGAUUGAUAAAAACGGACUGAGCAAGACUAAUGAUAGAAAAUCAAGUGUUUCAUUAGCACCAACACCAAGAAAUGUGUCAGAGCUUAGAGCAUUUAUUGGUAUGGUAAAUUAUUAUUCAAAAUUUAUAAAUAAUUUUGCUCAGAAAAUGAAUCCGUUAUAUGAAUUAUUGCGCAAAGGCACCCAAUUUGAAUGGACAAGCAGUUGUCAGAAAGCAUAUGAAGAAAUCAAAAGUGAAAUCACUUCUGAGCAAGUACUCGUACAUUAUGACCCGGAAUUGCCAAUCGUGCUAACAACAGAUGCUAGCAACAAUGCAGUUGCUGGAAUACUGUCACACAAAAUUGAUAACGAUCUUAAACCAAUAGCUUUCGUAUCUAGAUCACUAUCAAAGAGCGAAAUCAAUUAUAGCACAUUCGAAAAGGAAGCGCUUGCAAUUGUUUAUUGUGUAGUAAAAUUACGACAAUAUUUAUUGGGAACUAAAUUCAUACUACGCACGGACCAUAAGCCUUUGUUAGGAAUCUUUGGAGAAUCAAAAGGUUUACCUUUGAUGGCAUCAGCAAGAAUUCAGCGAUGGUCAGUAAUUUUGUCAGGUUUUGAGUACUCAGUAGAAUAUGUAAAAGGUGCAUCAAACUUAGCUGACGGUCUAUCACGAAUGCCUCAAUGGGAAACACACAAAGAUUUUGAUGAGUUUAAUUAUGUAAAUUUCAUUCAAUCAAACAACUCAUUCAAUUUAAGUUUUAAAGACAUAGCAAAGGAAUCUAGAAGAGAUCCUGUACUAGCAAAAGUGGCUGAAGCAAUUCAAAACGGUACAAUUUCAAAAUUAAAAGGCAAUGAAUUUUCAGCUUAUGUUAACAAAUCUUGUGAACUAUCUAUUGAGUAUGAUUGUAUUUUAUGGGGAUACCGUGUGGUAGUUCCGUCUAAGCUUCAAAAGAAGAUACUUAGCGAAUUCCAUAAGUCACAUUUGGGAAUUGUUAAAACCAAGAUGAUGGCACGAUCCUAUGUCUGGUGGCCGGCAAUUAAUUUGGAAAUUGAAAAGAUGAUUAGAUCAUGCAUUCCUUGCCAAGAAUUGCAGGCCAGUCCUGAGAAAGGAGAACUCAUACCCUGGAAAUCGACAGAUACAGUUUGGAGUAGGAUUCAUGUAGAUUUUGCUGG